GCGGGCCCUCUGCCGGCCGGCGGCGGGCGCCCGAGGGGCCCGAUGGGAGAGGCCGCCCGGCCGACCCGCCCCGCGCCUCCGGACGUCCGUCCUGGGACAUGGCUGCCGCCGGGCCCUUGAGCUGAGCACCCGUCGCCGGGAGCCAGCCGCCGCCGUCAGCCGUCCGCACGGGUCGGGCCUGGGCGUCGCCGGCACGGCAAGCAGCCGCGGCGCGCGGAGGAGGAGGAGGCCGCAGCCGGCGCCGAGCAGCCGGGCACAUGGCGUCCAUCUUACUGAGGAGCUGCCGCGGCCGGGGGCUCGCCCGCCUCCCGCCGCCCCGCGCCGCCGGCCCGAGGGGUAGUCUGGGUGAUCGUGCUUGUCUCAGUUGUACCAGAACCUUGAGGUUGAGAAACCGUGCGAAUGUUGUUUUUGGCUGCUGCACUCCGCUCCACCCUAUGUACCUUCCCUUCAGAGGCAGUCCCCGCAGCUGUUGGACUCCAAGGCCUGAACACUCACACACGGCGGCAAGAGUGCCCUGGACCCCUGGCUCAGCGGGUUUGGUUGUAACAGGACCUCAGUACCUUCCUGUGCGUGGCUGGCACUCAUCGCCCUCCCUUGGUGAGGACUCUGUAGUGGAAAAGUCCCUCAAGUCCCUGAAGGACAAGAACAAGAAGCUAGAGGAAGGUGGCCCCGUGUACAGCCCCCCUGUGGAGGUGGCGGUAAAGAAGUCCAUUGGGCAGAAGGUGCUGGAUGAGCUGAAACACUACUACCAUGGCUUCCGCUUGCUCUGGAUCGACACCAAGAUCGCUGCGCGCAUGCUCUGGCGCAUCCUCAAUGGCCACACCCUGACCCGCCGGGAACGCAGGCAGUUUCUCAGGAUCUGCGCUGACCUUUUCCGCCUGGUCCCAUUCCUCGUCUUCGUGGUGGUGCCGUUCAUGGAGUUCCUGCUGCCCGUGGCUGUGAAGCUCUUCCCCAACAUGUUGCCGUCCACGUUCGAGACCCAGUCCAUCAAGGAGGAAAGGCUGAAGAAGGAGCUGCGGGUCAAGCUGGAGCUGGCCAAGUUCCUCCAGGACACCAUUGAGGAGAUGGCCUUGAAGAACAAGGCAGCCAAGGGCAAUGCCACCAAAGACUUCUCUGCAUUUUUCCAGAAGAUCCGGGAGACCGGGGAAAGGCCCAGCAACGAGGAAAUCAUGCGCUUCUCCAAGUUAUUUGAGGAUGAGUUGACCCUGGAUAACCUCACUCGGCCGCAGCUGGUGGCGCUCUGUAAGCUGCUGGAGCUCCAGUCCAUCGGCACCAACAACUUCCUGCGCUUCCAGCUCACCAUGAAGCUGAGGUCCAUAAAGGCCGACGACAAGCUGAUCGCUGAGGAAGGGGUGGACAGCCUGAAUGUCAAGGAGUUGCAGGCAGCAUGUCGGGCACGAGGCAUGCGGGCCCUGGGUGUCACGGAAGACCGUCUGAGGGGCCAGCUGAGGCAGUGGCUGGACCUGCAUCUGCACCAGGAGAUCCCCACGUCGCUGCUUAUACUGUCCCGAGCCAUGUACCUCCCAGACACCCUCUCACCUGCUGACCAGCUCAAGUCUACACUGCAGACCCUUCCAGAGAUCGUGGCAAAGGAGGCCCAAGUGAAAGCGGCUGCAGUGGAGGGCGAGCAGGUGGACAACAAGGCGAAGCUGGAGGCCACGCUGCAGGAGGAGGCGGCCAUCCAGCAGGAGCACCGCGAGAAAGAGCUGCAGAUGCAUUUGGGGGCCGUGAAGGACAUUGAGCUGGAAAGAACAGAAGUUGCCCCUGGGAGGCCAGUGGCUGAGCUGCAGCCAGAAGUGCCUGAUGCAAUUCUGCCCUCAGAGGCCCUGAAGGACACUGCCCCCGUGCUGGAGGGCCUGAAGGAAGAGGAAAUAACUAAGGAGGAAAUUGACAUCCUCAGCGAUGCCUGUUCUAAGCUGAAGGAGCAGAAGAAAUCCCUCACCAAGGAGAAGGAGGAGCUCGAGCUGCUGAAGGAGGACGUCCAGGACUACAGCCAGGACUUGCAAGAGAUCAAGAAGGAACUGUCAAAGACUGGUGAAGAAAAAUACGUGGAAGAAUCUAAAGCCAGCAAGAGACUGACGAAGAGAGUGCAGCAGAUGAUCGGGCAGAUCGACGGCUUGAUCGCGCAGCUGGAGACGGGUCAGCAGGCUGGCAAGCUGGGCCCAGCCCAGGGCUCACCCGCGGGGGAGAACGUCAUCAGCGUCACCGAGCUCAUCAGCGCCAUGAAGCAAAUCAAGCACAUUCCAGAAAGCAAGCUGGUGAGCUUGGCCUCCGCGCUGGAUGAGAACAAGGACGGCAAGGUCAACCUUGACGACCUUGUCAAGGUGAUAGAGCUGGUGGACAAAGAAGACAUUCACAUCUCCACCAGCCAGGUGGCUGAGAUCGUGGCGAUGCUGGAGAAGGAGGAGAAGGUGGAGGAGAAGGAGAAGGCCAAGGAAAAGGCCGAGAAGGAGGCCGUGGAAGUGAAGAGCUAGGCCGCCAGGUCUCGGGGAUGCCGCAGCCUGCGUGUCUGCCUCCCUCCUGCUGCACGGCCACCUGGGAAUGACCGUGGCAGUGAACCUGCUGAGGUGAUUCUUAGUGGCAAAUCAAAUGUUUUGUCUGGGGUAAAUCAGAAAUUACCAUAACCAAGUAGAUUUAAAUUUUCAUCAUUCCACGGAGAUUUAAUCAGUCUGGAAACCCUGAACCUCUCCAGGGUGUCAUGUCUGGACUCACACCUUGGGUGGCGCUGCAGCCGCCACAGAGGCACACACCGGCCCUCAUAAUUCAGCAUCUGACCGCAGCUCUGCCCCUGGACGAGAGUGAGCCCUGCAUGACUCCCAACGCCUCGCGGAGCUGGCAGUUUGCCUGCAUGUCCCCAGAGCACUGGGACGGGAACUAGAUAAGCACAGAUGCAGCCCUCCCUGGUUCUGAGAAGAUGCUUCAGUCUGUCCCUCUGACUCCUAAAUAUUGGCAUAACAGAUCUGUUCACACACAUUUUCAAAGUCCCAUCUGUGCAAUUAUUAGGACAAAAGUGCCUGUCAUCUUACUGGCCUCUGGAAGUAAUGCUUCUCCCUGACAGGACCACAGGUGUCUCAUGUGGACCCCCAUGGUGUGUCUGUGGGGCUCGCUCUUGAUUUACCUUUGAUUUGCGCCUAAUUCCGUAAUCAAUUGACUAGAACAGAAUUUUCACACACGCUUGUCUGUCUAACUCUUGAGUUAUGUCUAAUGUGAAUUAUGCUGAGAUACUGGCGAAGCCCUGACGGCAAAGUGUUCCGUGCUGGGGCGGCUGAUUCUGCUGCUGUGGUUUAGGUUGCUGGCUCUUUGCUGUAGGCCGGGCAGGGGCCCACAGCCUCGGGACCCCAGGUGUCCUCCUCCAGCAUAGCAGGGCCCAGCUUGCUGUAAAGCAUAGGGUUCUUUUGGCUUCUCAUGUAAAAUUGACAUUGAGCACACAUGGGGGGUGACAGGGGAGACAGGACAGGCCACACCCAUGGCAGCGCUCACCUCUCAGCCCUUAGCGUGGCGUAGGAUCGGGUCCCUCAACACCUUUAGAACAAGCAGACGGUGCCGUGCUCCUGGUCACCAGUGAGGAGGUGGUCAUGUGGUCAACAGUGGAGCGGCAUCCCAUGGGGCUUUCAGAACGGGGCUUGCCCCGUGUCCCUCCAGGUGGAGCUGGGUGGCCUCCAUGGGCUUGGCGUCCAGAGCUCUUCACUGAGCAGCCCCUUGGGGGUUGGCGGAGGCAUCCCGCGCAGCUGUGGGCUGCGCUCGUCCUGCAGUUGGGUCAGUUACCUGCAGAAGGUCCUUUCAGGGAGGCUCCAGACAGGAUAUGGAAGACAGAGGAACAGAGCACACAAGUGGCCAAGGUAGCCGGAGAGAAGCAGCAGCGCUUGGAGAUAGCUUCUCAAUUACUUGAAACUUGGUUUUUUGCUUGACCAUUGAAGAAACUUGACAAAGUAAGAGUAAGAUAUUCUCACAUGUAAACCUUUGUAAAAUAACAGUUGGGUUCUAAAGGCUUUUUAUUUGAAUUAUUUGAGAAGUAUGUUUUAGAUGCUUUACUGAUAUUUAUGAAUUAUCUUACCCUGUGUUAGUAGCCUGGUUUUUAGUUGUCAAAGUACUUGCUUUUUUUUUUUUUUUUAAAGAUGACCGGUAAGGGGAUCUUAACCCUUGACUUGGUGUGGUCAGCACCACGCUCACCCAGUGAGCGAACCGGCCAUCCGUAUAUGGGAUCCGAACCCGGGGCCUUGGUGUUAUCAGCACCGCACUCUCCCAAGUGAGCCACGGGCCGGCCCCAAAGUACUUGCUUUUGAGAACAAGCUUUGUGGUUGCCAAAUGUGUCCCCAUAGAUGACAACUGUUCUUCCUGUUAGCAGCAUUUGGGGCCCAGUCAGUUGUGCCCUGACUGUUGUCCUCAUGCUGGCUGCCUGUGCUGGGUGUUGUCGAUGUCCCCACCCUACUGCUGUCCGUCACUCUGGAUCCUGUGCUCAUAGUUGACGGCAUCGCCUCGAGAGCCGGCCCACCCCGGAAGCUGCUGGGGCUCUCGCGGGUGCCUGUCACAGUUUUGGUUCCAUCUGCUGUGGUCUGGUGGCAGGCUCUCUCCCCUCGUCGUGUGUUCCUUUCUACUGUACUGAACUUUAUGGCAGCUGAAAUUAGUGUCCCGGGGCAGUGUAGGAAAUGGUGGAUCCAGAAACAGUUUUGUGUGAUAAGGUUUUAAAAGGUGAUGUGUUCCAGCUGUCCACGUUUUAUAACUGCCCAGCGCCUCAGCUCGACCUUCGUGGCUUUUCAGGAGCUGGGACAUCUACGCCUGUGGAAAAUGAAACUUGAAUUCCCAGCGGGAAUUCAGCAUUUCUUCUUGCACUCCCCCAAAUGCCCGCUUCUUACAUAGGGAUUUGGGAAAUUGGCAGGUGGCUUCCGGAGUCCUUUUGGAAUAUCAGAGUCUACACAUUUUAGAAAUGAAGGGCACCAUGUAAUUCUUGAAGACAGCCUCCAGGCAGUGGUUCUCACAGUGGGUUCCGGGGCCAGCUCCACCUGAGAGCCCUUGUCCUGGUUCGUAUAUAAACACCUUUUGUAGAAAUAGUAUUUUUAUGAGACCAUCAAAUCCUUGUUUCUGUAACAGCUCAGUAAUAUUUCUGGACCUUUUGACACAUAAGUCAAGAUGGAAAUGGUCUUAGUGUCUGCUUUGUGAGGGCAGCUUGGACUGCGGGCAGGUGUUGGGUGAGCUCUUCCCGUCGGGCAUGCAGUUGUGGGGCUGGGUUCUGGGAGCCUUGCCUUCCCUGAGGGUUCUCCGAAGGCCCAAGCCCUGGUCCCACCUCCUGUCUCGUGGGACCUAUCUGCAGGGUCAGGAGACCUGCAUCCCCUUGUCCUGUGACGGUGCACCCUGCUCAGGGGGCCUGCGCCAUGUCUGAUAUUAUGCCAUGUGCCAGGCUGCCCUGGGGCCCUGUGGCGUUGGCGUGCCGUGUGGUGGUGUGCUAGACACUGUUUGAUGUAGGAGGUGACUAAUAAAGCGCCUUCUCAAUGA